UUUAAGAGCGAUAUUCACCAGGUCUGGGACAAGUUCCAGGGGUCUGCGGGAGCCUCCCUGGAGCGCUCGGUGCGCGCUCCUGGCUGGGACCGGGGGCCGGCCCGGAACCUACGCGUCGGGCUCGGGUUCGCCCCGGGGCGGCAGCCCGGGCACCCGGCCGGAAGCGGAAGCGGCUCGGGGGCGGUGCAAGGCCAGCGCUCCGGCGGGAGGUCCUUAAAGAUGGGAAAUACAAGCAGCGAGCGAGCUGGACUGGAGCGUCAUGGCCAUAAGGCCUCCCGAGGUGACAGCUCAGGAGGAGCCAUCAGUACGAAAGAGGGGGAUAGACCAAAAAUUUUAAUGGACAGUCCUGAAGAUGCGGACUUGUUCCACCCCGAGGAAAUGAAAGCUCCGCUGGAGAAAGAAGAAUUCCUAGCUUGGCAACAAGAUCUGGAAGUGAACGAUAAAACCCCCACUCAAGCUCGACCAACAGUCUUUCGCUGGACUGGAGGAGGAAAAGAAGUUUAUUUAUCUGGGUCUUUCAACAACUGGAGUAAAAUUCCUCUGACAAGGAGUCACAAUAACUUUGUCGCAAUCCUCGACCUGCCAGAGGGAGAGCACCAGUACAAGUUCUUUGUGGACGGGCAGUGGACACACGAUCCUUCAGAGCCGGUAGUAACCAGCCAGCUAGGUACCGUCAACAACAUCAUCCAGGUGAAGAAAACUGACUUUGAAGUAUUCGAUGCUUUGAUGGUGGACUCCCAAAAAUGUUCUGACAUGUCUGAGUUGUCAAGUUCACCCCCAGGACCGUACCACCAGGAGCCCUAUGUCUGUAAGGCAGAGGAACGCUUUAAAUCACCACCUAUUCUGCCUCCCCACCUGCUGCAGGUCAUCCUGAAUAAGGACACAGGCAUUUCUUGCGAUCCUGCUCUGCUCCCUGAACCCAACCAUGUCAUGUUGAACCACCUCUACGCGCUUUCUAUCAAGGAUGGCGUGAUGGUGCUUAGCGCUACACAUCGUUACAAGAAGAAAUACGUGACUACUUUGCUGUACAAGCCAAUAUGAACAUCAUAGUAGUUUGUGACCAGUUGUUCUGGGCCAGUGCAGUCUUAGAACUUCUUCUCUUAACCAAACAUAUUCCUGCUCUGUGCUGUAGCAAAUGAACUCUGAAUUCAUAUUGUUUCUGAGACUUCCAAGUUCUCCUAUAUUUGCCUUUUUUUCCCAGUCCCACCUUGGAAGUUCUUGGAGAUGGCAGCUUUGUGGCAACUAGACAGACGGCAAAGGUGUCAGUGCCCAUCACCAGCUCAGUUAAAAACCCACCAGUUUAAUUAGGCUGAAAAACGUGAAGGCAGCAACAGGUUAAAGGCCUUUAGCAGUGAGGCAGACUGUCAGAAAGAAAUAAGCCAGCCUAAAGUCUAGAAAAUUCAGGAUUCUUGUGGAAUCUUAUUUGAGCUCAAGACUCAGUGAAAGCAAGCCCAUUACUGCUUUCAUAACUUGUUAAACACACAAUUAUUUCAGCAGUAAGUUCUAAACUUGCAUGGCUGAAAUAGGUGUAAAUAUUGAUGAUCUUCUUGUAGCAGCCUUUCUAGGCAAAAAUUAGUGACACAAUCAAGUACAAGAUCAUUGUUAUUUUACGGUAGACUGGGGUUCACUGUUGCUACUGUGAAUAGCUCUGUAGUUUUUCUCUUCAUGAGAACUGAAAUACAACUUUUCCCCUGUGGAAUCUCUGGUGAAGACAAUUGUUUUUAAUGGCUGGAUUUUUCUGUAUAUCAUAAAUGUGUCUUGCAGUAAUCUGCUUUUUGAAACCAUUUUUUCUUGCUGUCACUCGUAAGGACACCGUUAAGCUGGGACAGGUUAGCUGUAAGGCAGUCGGUGUGUGCAGUUUAGAGGUUAGUUCUUCAGUGACAGCCUGGGGGUGAUGCCAAGUCCCCUGUAUCCAGUGGCCAAACUUGCCCCUCGGUGUGAGCAGUUGCAGGAUGCUGGAUGCAGCAGUGCUGUGCCCUCUGUGCCCAGGGCUGUGAAACCCCUGGUGCUUCUGCAGCCAGGGCUGCAGGGAUCUCUGCAACUUUUUAUCAUGUUUAUAUUUUCUAAGUGAUUAUAGUAAUGCCAGGUUGCCUGUACUUGGUACUGACAGCCUGUUUUAUCCCAAACCAAACGCAACGUUAAUGCAAAACCGCUUGCCAGUGUGCCUCGGGCCUGCCCGGGAGGAACCGGCGCAGGAAAGGACCUGCCGGGUCCUUCCUGCUGUUUGGUUUUUGGUGCCUGAGAGUGCCAGUGACUGUGCCAAUGAUCACCACCCCCGUCCCACUGUGGGCAAGAGGACACUGCACAAACAGUGCAGGGUCUGAGUGGGGACAGGAGCUGCACAGUUCAGUGAACCAGCCCAGCAGAAGGGUGCUUUGCCACCCUCGGAUCUGGUCACCAGCCUUGUUGCAAUAUUCUGAGCAGCUCCGUAGAUCUGGGUCUAGUGCAAUGGUUUUCUCUGAAAACUCUUUCUUCGUCCUGUGCUACGGAUAGUAUUUGGUAUUCUGAAACAUGGAAUUGCUUUUGUUUUCAGCCUCUUCAGAAACAAAUAAAACAUUUUCAAGAAAA